AAUGUGAGUGUGAGAGUGAGUGUAGCAUCAGUAAACUAAGACCUUAUCGAUGGCACUUCUUCACCCAAAUCUUCUUCCAACCUUCAAUUCCAAAGCUUUAACCUUUCCCUCCGUCAAAUUCAAACCCUCUCUCUCCUUCCCCCUCUCACGCUCCCACCGGCCUCCUCUAACCACCCCCACGCGCUUCACCCUCGCCGCUUCCGCCGCGGAAACCGUCGUUGCCCAAGAAGAAGCCCCGCCCACUCCCCAACCCGAGAAGCUUGGAGUGGUUGUGAAGGCACCAGAGAAGCCGAGACUUGUGUUGAAGUUCAUUUGGAUGGAGAAGAACAUUGGAAUUGCACUUGACCAGACGAUACCGGGGCAUGGCACCAUUCCCCUGAGCCCGUAUUACUUUUGGCCCAGAAAAGAUGCUUGGGAAGAGCUCAAGGAGUUGCUUGAAAGCAAGCCUUGGAUCUCCCAAAAGCAGAUGAUUAUUCUACUCAAUCAAGCCACUGAUAUCAUCAAUUUGUGGCAGCAGAGUGGUGGCAACUUAUCCUGACCUCAAUUCUGCUUUUCGAACAUAUUUCAAACAUUUUUUGCUCUUGUAUUAUUGGGUUGGGGUAAUCGGUGAUGUUUUGUAAUAAUAAGAUGUUUCCCAUUUUAAUGUUCAUGUUGUUCUGUUGUAUGUUCUUUAUCUGGUUUUGUAUACCGACAUGUGUUUAACUAAUAUUACUAUUAAUCAACUUAUCCCAAAGUUCUCUCCA